CAUUCUAAGGGGUAGGUUUGACAAAGCAAAUGAGUGAGUGAGUCUUUGACAUGAAGACAGUGGUUAGAUUCUGCCAUUGGGACUGCUCUGAUGUUUCCAUUCUCUCCUGGUUAUGACCAUAGAGCCUUGUCCCAGUCUCUAGACCUGCCUGUCUGUGUGAUGGAUGACCACCUGACCUCUGAAGCUGUCAAUGAGAUGGAGCAGAGCAAUUGUACCAGGAGCAGAGCAACCUCAGUGAUGGAAACCACAGAAGAGGGAAAGCUCAACAAUGUGGAACAUCUGACACUUAUGGACUUCCUUCAAAACCUAACUGAGAAGCAAUGGAGGGGGAUUCGUGAGGGCAUGUUUGACCCGCUGACAAAACAACAGCUUGCCGGCUUGUGUCUGAGGAUUGUCCAGUUUUUAUCGGACAAGCUGAUGCAGAUCAUCAUCCCAGGUCUUUACGAACUACUGGGCAUCCAAGAUACUGCCUCCUCUCCAUUGUCACAGAGAUCUGUCACAGCGUCACUCACCAGUCUGUUAGACGAUAAGACUAACACCAAGUCCCGCGUGAGAUUUACUGAGGCUGGUGUACCUAAGAGGCCAGGCAGUCGAAAGUCUUACAAUAGCUUUCGCAUCCCGACUCCCUACCCUUCCUCCAACUGUAUGGAGCAGGAAGAGGAAGAAGAGCAGGAAUCACAACUUAAGUUCAAGGAGAUUUACCUGACUAAGGGCAGUCUGGGCAGUGGAAGCUACCUGCCCAAGGGGGCCAUGAGGUAUGUUCUUAAAGGGAAAUUUAACAACUUCGUAUUCAUCUCCAGCAUCACCAUAUGUGAAAAUUACACAUUUCCAUGCUUUGUAGUAAAAAAAAUAUAGAGGGACGUAACUGUUUCCAAUAGUGCUGAGAAAUUAGUGCUUUUUGAGGUUGGUUUGGUUUCGAUUCAAAUAUUUAAAAAAUAAUCACGGUUUUGGAUUUCAAUACUUUUUUUAGACAUUGAAUGCACUAUGGAUUAUGUGUGUUGAAUGCUGUAACAACAGAUGCUACUGAGCCAGAUGUCUAUGUGUCAGGGGAGAAGCUCCAGGUGGUAUCCGAUUUUAAGUACCUUGGCAUCAUACUUGAUUCCA